AUGGGAGGGAGGAGAAAGAGCUGCAAGAAGCAGCGGAAGCAACAGCAGAGCAAGAGGUGGUGGUCCCGGGUGCAAACUCAGUUUGGGCCCUCGGACUGGGCAGCCGAACAGGAGCAGUGGAGGAAGGAGGGGGCUCCCAUGUGCGGCGCCUGUGUCGAGUUUGGGCACGUUCGGGAGGACUGCCCCUACGGGGACCCCCAGUAUGAAGAGGCAUGGAACCAGGUCUGUGGCCGGAGGAAGGUGGGAGCGAGUCGUAUCAUGGGGGGAAGUGAUGCGCAGAAAGGGGCGUGUCCCUGGCAGGUCAGCAUCAUGAAUAAUGUCUUUCACAUCUGCGGGGGAUCGCUGAUCGACAAGAACUGGGUUCUGAGCGCAGCACACUGCUUCCAGGGUUUCAUCAAUGUAAAGCCCUUCACAGUGCGUCUGGGGGCCCUGUCUCUGAGCCAGCAGCAGGGUGUGGACAUGAGGUUGUUGCGCAUUGUUCUGAGACCCGGGUUCAAGUCCGCUGAUCAGGGAGGCGAUGCUGCCCUGUUAGAGCUGGAGCAGCCCGCCCCCCUCUCCGAAACCAUCUUCCCGGUGUGCCUGCCCUCCCCCUCCACCACCUUCACAGCGGGACAGGAGUGCUGGGUGACUGGCUGGGGCAACAUCAAGGAGGGAGUGCCCCUGUCCAGCCCCCACACUCUGCAGCAGCUCGUGGUUCCUCUGGUGGACAGCGUGUCCUGUGACACCAUGUACCACAUCGGCAACUCCUUCGGCAAGAGUGUGCCCCUCAUCCUACCAGACGUGAUCUGUGCGGGGUACCAGGAGGGGCGCAAGGACUCCUGUCAAGGAGACUCUGGGGGUCCGUUGGUGUGCCCCAGUCCGGACUGCUCCUGGAUCCUGGCCGGGAUCGUGAGCUGGGGGGACGGCUGCGCCCAGCCCAACCGACCGGGGUGCACUCGCGUGUCACUUCCUUCCUGUCCUGGAUACGAGAGACCAAGCGGUUGCCUGUCCAAACCACUUCCAGCUGAGAAACGCAUUCAGAGUAAAAAUUGA